UGGGCCGGGGCCGGGGCCGGGGCCGGGGCCGGGGCCGGGCGAGGAGGGGCCGGCCGAGCCCUCCCUGCAGGACGCGGCGGCGAUGAUGUGACCUACAUUCGUGGCAAGGAGGUCCCCAGCCUGCCGUCAUGAAGCGGCACAAGUGACGGGGACGCCGUGCCCGCGGGCCAUGGCCAGCCCGGCACCAUGGCUGCGCUGGACACAAACAGAGCUGACGCGCUGGGAGGGAGAGGAGGAGGAGGAGGAGGGGGAGGAGGAGGAGGAAGAAGACGACUUUGAAAGGCGGAUGGACAAGGAUGGGGUCAUCGGCCUGGGGGAGGAUGCUGGGAGCCCACCAUGGGGUGACAGCGGGGACCUGGAGGAGGGGUCCGCGGUGGAGGAGGGUCCCUGGUGCCCACGGCAGGACCUGGUGGAGGAGGAUGAGGAGCGGGGCAGCUCCGGGGGGGACGAGGGGCCCUGGGGGGCAGAGAGCGAUGGGGAGCCCUACCCUGAGCUCUCCUACGAGGGUCAGUGGGGCUCGGGGUCCAGCGGCAGCCCCGAGGCGUUGCGGGAUGGCCGGGCUCUCCGCCAGCCCCGCGGCUGCAGCACAGACGGUGGUGACACCUCAGGGCUGUCGGACGCCAGCCCUGGCCCCGCCACCCCGUCCUGCCAGCACCGGGGCUGGGGCACAACUGGGGGCACUGGAGGGGGGCACAGGCAGGGCUGGACCCCGAGCCGGAGCCUCCUCCUGCACCUCUCCACCGAUGACCUCUGCGACGCCACCAGCGUCCAGCCUGUCCCCGAGCCCCAGCUGGCUGGGAUGGGACGUGCCCCCCCUGCGCCCCAGCUGCAAUACAGGUCUCAGGUGCCCAAGAAAGGGGCGCCCACGGUGCCGCCCCCCAAACCCGGCCAGCAGCUGCGGUCCCUGUGCCCCCGGCAGCGGCACACAGGUGGCAAGGAGGAGAGGGGUCCCUCGGGAAAAGGGACCAGCGCGGCCAGUGGCACCCAGUACGGCCGAGGGCGGCUCAACCACCCCCUGCCCGACCUCUCCAAGGUGGAGGCGCGGGUGAAGUUUGACCAGAGCUACCGGCCGCCGCGGGGCCGAGCCCUGCCCGCCCACCCCAGUGCCCCGGGCGGCCCCGUGGGCUUCAAAUCCCCGGCUGAAAUCGUCCGGGAGGUGCUGCUGAGCAGCGGGGAGGGGGUCCCCCCGCAGCCCCCCACCACCCCUGGGCUGCCGCAGGAGUUCAGGUCGCCCAGGCAAGCCACCCAGCUGGUGCAGCAGCUCCAGGACGACUACCACAAGCUGCUGACGAAGUACGCCGAGGCCGAAAACACCAUCGACCAACUGCGCCUGGGUGCCAGGGUGAGCCUGUACGCCGACCCGCCGCCGCCCAGCCGCAGCCUCGCCGUGGGCACCGUGGGCACCGUGGGCACCGUGGGCCGGGGCUGCCGGGUGAUGGCCCUCAGCAUCCCACAGGCCCGGACGGCGGCUCUCAGCGCGGCCCCGGCCCCCCCAUGCUCACCGGGUGCAGCUCCAGGACCACCCGAGCCGGGGGGGUCACCCCAACAGCCUUCCCCGCCUCCACCCGCGGGGGGCUGCCCGGGGACCCAGCUGACACAGACACUGGCGGGACAGACCCACAAGCUGCGGGCACAGGUGGAAACCUUCGAAGGCUGGAUGCAAGCGGGGGACCCCGCGCCCCGGGAGCAGCUCUGGAGGUUUAGGAAGCUGAAGGAGGCGCAGGAUGCGCUGGAGCGGGCGUACCUGCGGGCCCGGCAGCAGCACCCAGGGGCUUUGGGGGAGUUUGACCCCGAACGCGCGGUGGAAGGGGAGAUUUUCCAGCUGGGGCUGCGCCUGGAGGAGCUGAAGGAGCGGUUGGAGCCCAGGGCCAGGCGGCAGCUCCCCCCGCAGCACCCAGCCCAGCCCCGCUCCCCUCCAGCCCCUUCCUCGCCACCGCCCGCCCGCUCCCCACACCCUGAGAGCCCUGUGCUGAUGGAGGGCCCCCAGGGGACAGUGGGGGACAGUGAGGAGGCGACGGGGAGGUUGCCCCGGCCCCUCUGGCACAAGCAGCUCCGAGUGGAGGAGGAUUUUGGUGACCUGCUGGAGCAGUACAACCACUUCAAGUCCUUGCCGGAGUCACUGAGCCUGGAGCAGCUGAGCCUGGCAGAGAGCGGGUCCCAAGAGGAGGCGGAUGGACCUGCAGCAGAGGACAGUGGCCCCAGCAAGGUCCCCUCCAGGACACAGUCACUAGAGGAAGGGACUGACCUCGAGACCUCCCCCUUGCACCCCCCAGAGAGAAGAGCCGCGCCGCUGCCCCCCAGGGAGUCCCCAUGGCCAGAGGGGCCACAGGGCCACCUGUCCCCCACCACCACUGAGAAGCCACCGGCCACAGCCAAGCCCCUCCUGGGACUCCCUGGGCCACCACGGGGGCCCCUGUCCCCUCAGGGCAGCAGGGUGGGCAGCGCUGCUGCCCAGCCCCGGCCCCGCAAGGAGCAGCGGAUUGUGUCACCGGAGACAGACAGCGGCUUCGUGGGCUCGGAGGCCAGCAGGGUGUCCCCCCCCGUACACACCCCCGAGCACCGGCCCCCCGGCACCGGGACCCCCGGCUCACUGGGACUCUCCAUCCCCGUCCCCACCACCCUCCGUCCUCCGCGGAAGAGAGAGGUGACCCCACUUCCCUCCGAGACGGCGCCGAUGGGCAUCUACCCUGGAGGCAGGCAGGGCGGCACGGGGGGGCCCCGCCUGCCCCCCUGCACCCCCUCGCAGAGCGGCUCCCCCCGCCGCUGGGCCGGGAGCGCGGGCAGCGAGGGGGGACCCAACGGGGACAGCACUCACACGGACUCCGAGGUGGAAGGCAGGAGUUGUGCCAGCGCCAGCGGCUGCCCCCCCGCCACGGCCAGGGGCCCAGCCAGCCCCCCACCGUCCCCUGAAACACCGUCCCCCACCACCCUGUCCCCCGAUCUGCUGUCCCUCAACCUGGCUCGCUGCGACCUGCUGGGCUCCCGUCUGGAGCGUGACCAGGCCAUCCGGGUGCUGCGGGACGAGGUGUGGCGGCUGCGGCGGAGGCUGGAGGAGAGCCUGCGCCGCUCCCGCAGCUAUCCCGAAGGAAAAGCCGCCCCCCGUGCGCCCCUGGCCGGGAGGCAACCGGUGGCCAACGGACCAUCGUCCCCCGAGGACGCAGCACCCUCGGGGGAGCCGAGCCCCCCGGUGCGGGGUAGGGUGGCCCCCGGGGUCGCACCCACGAGGAGGGGGAGGUCGGCAUCGCUGCCACGGGACAGGCCGGAGCUGGACCUCACCUCCGAGUCGGACCCCUCGCCCACCAGACCCCCGGCCACCCCCUCCCCGCAGAAGAGCCCUGGGAGCCCCCCGGGCGUGGUGACAUUGAGGGGACAAUACACAGGGACACGGUACCAGGCGGGGACACCACGCGUCGCCCCGGCACCCCGAGAUGAGCCGGGCACCCCGGGGUGCCCCCGGUGCCGUGGGAGCCGGACACCGUCGGCUGGCUCCCGGGUGGGCGAUGCCAUGGGGCAGCCCCAGCACAGCACCCCGAGGAGGACACGCUGCCCCACUUGCCGGGCACCCAUGGGUGUCCCCACGCCCGGUGGCAAGGACGGAGCCACGCACGCAGAGCGUGGCCCCGGUGACACGUCCCCCCCAGGCUCCCACGUCGGUCCCCGAGCCGAGAAGCCAGAGCAGCCCGGACUUUGGUACUUGACAGCCAGCCCUGGUGCCACCGCUGCCAUCGGCUGCCUUGCACCCGUCCCCCUCGUGCCUUACACCCCCUCCGUGCUCUACUGCUCCCCGGCGGUACCUACCUCAGCCCCAGCCGUGGCCGGGGUCCCCCUCCAACACGCCGCGGGGCACCGGCGGGCCGAGCCCCCCCCCCGGCCGCACACCCCUGGCCACCACCGCUGCCUGACCCUGGCCCUGGAUGAGUUGGAGGAGCUGAACCGGUCGCUGAGCCGGGCCGCGGCGGCUGCCCAGGGCGUGCGGGUCACCACCACCCGCAUGAGCCGGGCGCUGGCUGCCGAGCUGAGCCGGGCGCGGGACCUGCGGGGCUCCUGCCUCUUCUGAGGGUCCUGACAGACCUUCCCGGCGCUGGCGGGGGGGCAAGGAGGGGGAGGACGGUCCCCCCCCCCCCCCCAACCCCGAUCAGCAAUCCCCGCACUGCUGGGUGCUCCCUGCCAGAUCUGGGGGUGCCAGGGCUGGGGGGCAUCUCCGCGGGAUCCGGCACCAGCUCCCAUCCCGCUUGUCCUAGAGCUCUCGCAUCGCUUGUCCGGCUGUCUGUCCGUUUUCAGGACACACACCCCCUCCCCUCCAAGCUGCGGGAGUGGGGGGCAAAAGGUGGGCAGAGGUCUCCCUGGGGGUGCGAGCAUGGCCCUGGCAGGAGGGCACCGUCCCCCAGGACCAACAGGGUGACCCGGUGCCCCCCCCCCCCCCAAGGCUGACACCACCCCGAGCUGAGCGCUUCUGGGGGUGCUCUGACUUUGUGUAGGUCCUACUGCAACCCAGGUGGAGCCCCCAGUGUUUACUUCCACACCUGCGUGGGCAGAAAUACCCGCGAUUCCCUGUUCAAGUCCUCUCCCAGACUUUGGGCGUCCUCGGGGGGCUCAGUGCCGGGGUUCAGCCCGUGUGCCCCCCCUCUGCCCUUGGCCUUGACCUGAGCCCAGCCCUCCCUGGGAAGGGAGCUCUUUUGGGAGUUUUCUGUGAAUUUAUUUUCUCAAAGGUAGCUAGUAAGCAGCUAAAUCACUCUUUUAGGGUUGAUCGAUGGUAUGUAACUUGUGUAUGUAUCUGUAUGUAUCUAUAUAGAUACAUAUGGGUGGUCUGGUUUUAAUUUCCAGCAUAAUCCUUAGGGCAUUUUUGUGGGGUUUUUUGGCCAUCUCUGGAUGUGGCUGCCCACAGUGUCAUCCAGGCAGAAAAAAAAAAAAAAAAAAAAAAAAAAAAAGAAGGAUUUGGGGUUUUCCUCGAGAUUCCCAGGGGAUCUAGGCUGGUCGAGGAGAAAUCACUCCAUGAGUCUGAGGCAGGGGUAGGAUCUGGCCCCGGGGGGGUCUGCAGAGCCCCUGUACCUCCGGGCUGGUUUUGUAAGGAGUUAAUGCCUGUUUUUUCAUGAAGUGGAUGUGGUCGGAGCAGCCCUUGGCACAGUACCUCAGAGGUGGGUGCUCUGCACCCCACAAACCCUGGGGGGACCCUCCAGCACCCCUGUGGAACCUGUACCCUGUGCCCCCCGGGAUGGGUCCAGCCAAACCCACCCCCCCCACACCCCCCAUGCAUCUCAGCCUGCAGUGCCCCUGGCCGUGUUUACGUGUAGGACCUACCUAAAGUGCCCGUGUCAAAUUUAUUUAUUUUUGAAUUUUUGUUGUACGAAGACCCACAUUUGUGUGUGGGUGGUGGUGGUGGGGGGGGAUCACUAACUCUCCUGGCGAGUUACUCAGGUCUAGAGCCUCCCCAAGCGCUUGCAAAGCCACUGAGCCUGGAUCCUGCAACCCCGGGGGGGGGCACGGGGGGGACUGGCAAUGGGGCUGCCCCUGACGCGGCCCUUUGGGGGGAGAGGGGUGGGCUGGGGGCAUGUGGGGGGGAUUUUAAUGAGAUUUCCGUGUCUCUGGGUGCAUCUGCUCGUACCGGUGUCCCAAGCGAGCACUUGGAGCGUGCAGCUGUAUUUAACUGUCCCAAAUGCAAAAGCCAGGAGCAAAGAUGAUGGGUUUUUUCCGUAUCUCCUAUUUUGUAAUGACCAGAUGAGCCAUUUGGAUGAUAUUUUGUACUAAGAUAAUCGCCUAUUUUUGAACGAAAUAAACGUGGUUGGUUGGCU